UGCGACUGCGCGCACUCCGCCUCGCGCCUGCGCCUUUCUGGCAGCCCCCCCCCUCCCCGACCGGACAUAACGGUGCGCGCGCGGCUCCCCGGACCGGAAGUGGAGGCAAACUGUCGCGGGACGCGCCCGGCCUUGCUCAACGCCCGGCAGUCCCCGCCGUCGCCGCCGCCCUUGGCAGCUGCCGAGGCUUCCCGCAGCCGUCAUGUCCGCCAGCGCCGUCUACGUGCUGGACCUAAAGGGCAAGGUGCUCAUCUGCCGGAAUUACCGCGGCGAUGUGGACAUGUCAGAGGUGGAGCACUUCAUGCCUAUCCUGAUGGAGAAGGAGGAGGAAGGGAUGCUGUCGCCCAUCCUGGCCCACGGGGGAGUCCGCUUCAUGUGGAUCAAGCACAACAAUCUGUAUCUGGUUGCCACGUCCAAGAAGAACGCGUGUGUGUCGCUGGUGUUCUCCUUCCUUUAUAAGGUGGUACAGGUGUUUUCAGAGUACUUCAAAGAGCUGGAGGAGGAGAGCAUCCGUGACAACUUUGUCAUCAUCUACGAGCUGCUGGACGAGCUCAUGGACUUCGGCUACCCCCAGACCACCGACAGCAAGAUCCUGCAGGAGUACAUCACUCAGGAAGGCCACAAGCUGGAAACGGGGGCCCCAAGGCCUCCAGCCACCGUCACCAAUGCAGUGUCCUGGCGGUCUGAGGGCAUCAAGUACCGGAAGAACGAGGUGUUCUUGGACGUCAUCGAGUCCGUCAACCUCUUGGUCAGUGCCAAUGGCAACGUGCUGCGCAGCGAGAUCGUGGGCUCCAUCAAGAUGCGGGUCUUCCUGUCAGGCAUGCCCGAGCUGCGCCUGGGCCUCAAUGACAAGGUCCUCUUCGACAACACAGGCCGUGGCAAAAGCAAGUCCGUGGAGCUGGAGGACGUGAAGUUCCACCAGUGUGUGCGACUCUCGCGCUUCGAGAAUGACCGCACCAUCUCCUUCAUCCCUCCAGAUGGAGAGUUUGAGCUCAUGUCCUACCGCCUCAACACCCACGUCAAGCCCUUGAUAUGGAUCGAGUCUGUGAUUGAAAAGCAUUCCCACAGCCGCAUAGAGUACAUGAUCAAGGCCAAGAGCCAGUUCAAGCGGCGGUCAACGGCCAACAACGUGGAGAUCCACAUCCCCGUGCCCAACGAUGCUGACUCCCCCAAGUUCAAGACGACGGUGGGGAGUGUCAAGUGGGUCCCUGAGAACAGUGAGAUCGUGUGGUCCAUCAAGUCCUUCCCGGGGGGCAAGGAGUACCUGAUGCGGGCCCACUUCGGCCUGCCCAGCGUGGAAGCGGAGGACAAGGAGGGCAAGCCCCCGAUCAGCGUCAAGUUUGAGAUCCCCUACUUCACUACCUCUGGCAUCCAGGUGCGCUACCUGAAGAUCAUCGAGAAGAGCGGCUACCAGGCUCUGCCGUGGGUCCGCUACAUCACUCAGAACGGAGAUUACCAGCUCCGGACCCAGUGAGGGGCCGUGCAGCCAGCACCCCCCGGCCCCGGCGCUGGGGCUCCUGGCGGAAGCACCAGGAAGAAGCACCUGCCAAGCCUGCUGGAUGGAGGAGGGGCACCCCUGGCCACCGGCCACCCUCCCGGCUCCUCCCGGGGACCCCUCCUUUUCCAGGCACACCUGCUCUGCCGUUGCCACUCUUGUCUCUGGGUCCCUUCUCCCGGAAGAAGCUCAUCUUCGAGAAGUCUUGUCUCUCUGUCCCCUGAGUCAGUUUGAGGGGAAGGAAACGAAAUCUUUCCCUCUAGAGAUCAAACACAGCCUCUUCUGUGCUGGUUAGCUCCCAGGCACCACAAAGAGGGGGAAGUGCCCACCCGGCCACUGGCUGCACAUGGCUUCUGGC